AUAGUAAAGAAAUUGUUUCUAAAAUAUACUUGUCAUGAGAUCGAAACUAAUAAAAUAAAUCAGUGUUUUAUUGAAUCCCAAAUCUAGACAAACUAAACUACUAGACAUGAGAGAUUUCUUCUGAUUUCAAAAAACUUGAUUUUGUCUGAAUAAAUCUAACAACUAAAAUGCAAAGAUUUUAUUUAAAUAAGACCAAGAAUCAAGAAACUUCUCAUCUCUAAUCACGCCUCCUCACUGUAACCUAUAGGCCUUUAAUAUAUUGAAGGUAAUUUAUUAAAAUUAUAUUAGGAAGUCAUUGACGCCGACUUGACUCAUCUUAAGUUUAUGGACUAUUAUUUUAGAAGCUUAAAUUUCCACUACCAAAUUUCAUUUUCCUCCAGAUGCCUUCCGCGUCAGACGUAAAUUUAAUUCUGCAAGUUUAAAAUGAAGUUAAAGGUGAACGUCUUGUGUUUUCAGUUCGUGCUACUAAUUUAUUUGAUAUCUGAAAAUGCAUGUAAGCAGCUCAGUGAAAAUUCAGAUAAUAAGGCGCUGACUAUGUUGGAAUCGAAAGUUCCAGUAACUUCAGCAAUAAGUUUAGAUUCCGAUAAACCUUUACGAAAAAGGCGAAAACGUUUACGAAGAAAGAAGAAGAAAGUAUUAAAACAUGAACAAACCACACUGAAUCCUAUAAGCUUUGAAAUACCGACAAAAAGCAUCUUCAAUGAAACCACCACAAAACCCAAAAAGAAGCAAAGAAAAUUAAAAAAACAUAGAAAACAUAAACAACCAAACCAAAAGAAACUUGAAUCUAGAAAUUUGAUUUUGCCAAUAAUUCCCAAUCAAUCAAUGUUCACUUCUACAAAACCGCCUCAGAAAAAAAGAAAAACUCGGUGCAGUAAAGCCAAUGGAAAUUGCGCACAUAUUUGCAAUACUCGAGGCAUUACCAAAUGUCAAUGCUUUAAAGGAUUUUCUUUGGCUUAUGAUGGCCACAGUUGUGUAGAUAUCAACGAAUGUCUUACCAACAAUGGAGGCUGCCAAAUGAAUUGUACUAAUACUAUUGGUUCUCACCGUUGCCACUGUCCAUCUGGCUUAAGAUUAAAUCACAUAGAUUCUAGAACCUGUGAGGAUAUCAAUGAAUGUGUUCUCAGGAAUGGUCAUGGACCAUGUCAAGAUGUUUGCGAAAAUACACACGGAGGAUAUAAAUGCAGCUGUAACCGUUUAAAAGGCAGCAAACUGAGUAAUGAUUUACACAGUUGUGUAGAUGUUGAUGAGUGUGCAAAUGAAAACGCUGGUUGUUCUCAUAUGUGUAUAAAUACAUUUGGAAAAUUUUUCUGUUCAUGUCCUGAAGGCAUGGAACUAGGGCCAGAUUAUAAAAACUGUAAAGAUAUCAACGAAUGUGAAUCAGAAAACAUUCAAAAAAUCUGCUCUCACGGUUGCAUCAACACAGAAGGAUCUUAUAGAUGUGCAUCAACUUUUGAUCUUCAAAACGACGAAGCUUUCAGAGAAGUUGUCUGCAAACCACUUUUUCCACCGCAAAAUGGCUACUUCAAAUGCUCCAGGAAGCACUCGCUGAGAACUUUCACAAAAUCUGGAAGGAAAACUGUUAGAAACAGCGUUGGUGCCAAAUGCAUUUUGGUCUGUCCUGAAGGUUUUAAACGAAAGGGUUCCAGGUAUCGUGUGAGCUGUGGAUUCGAUGGGAAGUGGAUAGGAAUGGAUGUGGAAUGCGUUCCCGUUACGAAAUAAUAAAUACCUAUACAAGAACAAACAAAAAACGUAUCUAUUAUUAGUUAUUAUUUUAAAAAAAUUGUUAUUCUAUAAUACAUAUAUGCUAUUAUUAUCUAAUAAAAAAAUAAACUAACAUAAAUAUCUAUCAAUUUUUGGCCAUUUUCCAAUGAUUCUCAAAGGAUUAACUUGAGUAGCAUUUUGUGGAUCAUGUUAAUAUAUCCUAUUAGGUGCCAAAAUUGUAUGAGUUUUUCCUUUUUAAGGAAGACAGGACUAAACUAACAACUAUCAUUAUACAUAUUUACAUUAAUGAAAAAAAUAACUGAAGGUACUUAUUAUCUAAGUGAUGAUGCAUGCUCGAGCACCAUUCUUAUGAUGAUGCCACCCCUGUUUCCAUUUUCUUUUCAGCGUGAAAACGCUUUUUUCCAUCUUGAUCCAUUUCCAAUUGAUGCUUAUUAGGAUUGGUUUGGGCUGAAUUUUUUUUCAGAAUGCUUCUAGCGUUUGCAUCGAGGUUAUCAAAAUUUGAAGAGGUUUUUCCACCAAUGGACAUAACCAGUUUUUUGGUAUGUGCAAAGUUUUUGAAAUCUUGAUUAGUUAUUUUAGCCACCAGGUCGUCUUUGAUUGAGUCUAAUGACUUGUGAAAAGCUGGCUGUGGCUGUUUCUCUGCUGGUUUGUGUUUGGUGAGUUUUAGGUCAUCUGAUGAUGGUUUUUUAAUUUGUGGUUUUGAUGGAAGCUUUUCUUUAUCUUUGAUAUUCAUCAACUCAUCAAAUGUUUUCAAGGGUUGAACAGUAUUUUUUCUUCUGAGAACAGUUGAACCUUGUACCAGUCCUUUGCAUGAUGAUUUGGUUGGUUGAUCCAUAGUUGUUUUUAAAAGAUGAUCUUUCAAGCCUGAAGAUUGCUGAUGAUAUAUCAUAUCCGAUGGUUGAUUUGGUGGAAUUUCUCCGAGUUUAUUAGCGUUAGCUGACUUUUUUUUGCCUCUCAUAGUCAACAAUUCAUCGAAUGUUUUCAGGGGUUGAACAGUAUUUUUUCCUUUGGAAACAGUUGAGCCUUGUGCUAGUUUUUUGGACAAAUCGAGGCUUCUAGUAAGAUUAUUCCCUUCUUUAGUUGGUUUUAUUGGUUGACCCUUAUUUUUUCCUUCUGCAUAUUUUUGUUUGAUUGAAUCAACUGUAUCUUUCUCACUUUCAAUAGCUAUAUUUGACUUGGACAAUUUAAUAGUAUUUUUGAUGGCAACAUUUGUACCUGAUGGUAUAAAACUCGGAACAGUAUUAUUAUUUCUUUUAGAAGCAGUGAAACCGUUUGCUGGUUUUUUGAAUACGCCAUCACUUUUCAUAGGUUGAGUUGAGCAUUGUUUGCCUUCUUUAGAAAGCAUCAACGGAUGAACCUUCUUUUUUUCUUUAGGUUUUGGAUCUAUGUUUUCAAUACCAGACUUUGCUUUGCCGUCUUCGUUGUCAUCAGACCUAAUGGGUUUACCAUUAUUGGCAACGGUUGCGGUCAAAUCUUCUACCAUACCCUACAAAGUAUUCAAUAUUAUUAUGUUUGCGUACAAUAUUUAAAUAUUUACCAUUCCAGAUGCUCUAUCAUCUGCUAUUACUUCGAAAAAACAUUCUUUCAUUUCUUUGGGCAUAGAAUGCUCAUCGUAAUGCGCAACGCCG